CCGGGGGUGGGGGGGAGAGAGAGAGAGAGGGCGCCGCGGCCAGAGUGAGGGGAGCCCGAUAAUAAAGCUGGAUAACCGGAGGAGCGGGGAAACGCCGAGCCCAGCCUGUGCCGAGCGGGGAGAGAGAGAGAGAGAAUGGCCAACGAGCCGGUCAUCCUGAAUGUCUAUGAUAUGUUUUGUCCUUAAUCUCGCCUCCUGUAGGCAAGGUCCCAAGAUGCAUGGUGACUCAACAGUACCUUGGCCAGGAUGGCCAUUUUUCAUAAUGAGUGCUCAACUAGAAACCAACUGAAUCAUCGGGGAUCCUGUAAUAAAUGUACUGGAUUAAUGAAUACACUUCAUCGCUGGGAAUUGGGGUCUUCCACUCAGGAAUUGAGGUUUACGGCAGAGAGUUUGCCUAUGGUGGCCAUCCUUACCCAUUUUCAGGAAUAUUUGAGAUCACUCCUGGAGACUCAACAGAACUAGGAGAAACAUUCAAAUUUAAGGAAGCAAUAGUAAUGGGUAGUACGGAUUUUACAGAAGAUGAUGUAGAGCGCAUUGUGGAGGAGCUUGGAAAGGAAUACAAAGGAAAUGCCUAUCAUCUAAUGCAUAAAAACUGCAACCACUUUUCUUCAGCAAUUUCUGAGAUCCUUUGUGGAAAGGAAAUACCUCGCUGGGUGAACAGACUCGCCCACUUCAGUUCCUGCAUUCCCUUUCUCCAGAGCUGCUUACCGAAGGAAUGGCUCACGCCAGCCGCCCUGCAGUCCAGCAUCAGCCAGGAGCUGCGUGAGGAGCAGGAGGAAGCUGAAGGUGCGGCAGCUUCCGCCUCUGCCUCAGCCUCCACAUCUACUUUACCCAGACCGGGCCACCAUACCAAACUAUGAUGCUAACGAGUGAUCCUGAACUGACUUUCUACUUGUUGGACUGACUUUUUAUNAAAAAUAACUGUCACAAUCAAUCAAAUUGCUCUAUGGGGAAGUGCUGAACAUUCCUUUUGUUGUUGAAUUUUAGUUUGUGUUUUUGUAAUGGAAAUUCACCACCUCUUUCUAAUAGCUUGGACGAUCACUGUAAAGAAUUUCAAGAUAUAUUCAGUAUUUCCAAUAAUUGUUUACAAAUCCCAUGUUGCAAAUUAACUGGGAUUAACACUAACAGCGUGUAACAGUGAUACUGGUUUGUAUCAAUGGGUUGCUGUUGUAGACUGGUACAAUUGUGACAUUAGACAUACACCAGUGAGUAUUCUGUGGCAAGUAAACACUUUCAUCUAUCCCUUUUCCUCUUCUCCCCUCUAGUUAAGGUAUAAUACUGUUUCCAUUUUCAAGAUUAAUGUUCAAAAGAAAUAUUCGUAUUUUUCAGAGAAUGUA